UGUCACAAGACUCGGCCAUCUCCCGACAGCACCGGCUGGGAAGUGGCUGUGUCGUGCCCCGUGCUGGCUGCCUGUAGGUUGGGUCGUUAAAGACACGUCACAUAAAGUAUUUCCAAGACCUACAACAUGUCGACUGACGAAAGACCAAUCUAUGGCCCCUUUUUCGGCGUCAUGGGAGCUGCUUCAGCCAUGGUGUUCAGUGCGAUGGGCGCCGCAUAUGGCACAGCCAAGUCGGGCACUGGCAUCGCGGCCAUGUCGGUGAUGCGGCCCGAGCUCAUCAUGAAGUCCAUCAUCCCCGUGGUGAUGGCUGGUAUCCUCGCCAUCUAUGGUCUGGUGGUGGCCGUGCUUAUCGCUGGUGGCAUUACCAAGCCAGCCACCUACGAGCUCUUCUCCGGGUUCGUGCACUUUGGCGCCGGCCUGUCGGUCGGUCUGAGCGGGCUGGCGGCCGGCUUCGCCAUCGGCAUCGUGGGCGACGCGGGCGUGCGCGGCACGGCGCAGCAGCCGCGCCUCUUCGUCGGCAUGAUCCUCAUCCUCAUUUUCGCCGAGGUGCUCGGCCUGUACGGCCUCAUCGUGGCCAUCUUCCUCUACAUCAAGGCGUAAUGGGUGGCCGCGCGACCACCCCGCCCCCGCCUAUAUUCCAUGUGAUGCUGCUCUGAAGCGAGCUGCGUCGUCCGCCGCCACAUUCCUAGCGGCGGCGCGCCGGACCGGCCGGCACCGAGCACGCCGCCGCAGGUGGAGCACGCGACUGUGGCGUGCGCCGGCCGGCCCCAGCCCGGGCCGCGUGCCGUUUUGAUCAUUUGUAGGGUGGUGCCAGUGCGAGGGUCAACCGAGCCGGGGUGUGCAGACGUGUGCAGGUGUGCGCGUGAGUGUGGUGCUACAUGCUGCACGUCAAAUAUCAUUGUAAUUAUUGUCCGCGUUAGGGAAUUUGCCAUUGAUCUUUCCAUUGGCUGAGCUACCUAGAGCUUUGUCGUACACAUGGCGCCUGUAGUAUGAUGGCCUGCACAGGAAACGAAUUGUGAGAAAGUUGAAUAAUAAAUCCUGGAGAAUAUA